AUAAGCAGGCCCAACCCACACCGCAAGAAACAAAGCUCCCAUCUUUUCCUCUUCCUCCGCCGUCGCCGCGUCUCCUCCCCGAUCCCCAAUCCCCGAUCCGUCCGCCCCCACCCCCAGCCCAGAUCCAGGCGAUGGCGGCCGCGGGAGACGCCGGCGAGAAGAAGAUGGUGACGCUCAAGAGCUCGGACGGGGAGGAGUUCGAGGUGGAGGAGGCGGUCGCCAUGGAGUCGCAGACCAUCCGCCACAUGAUCGAGGACGACUGCGCCGACAACGGCAUCCCGCUCCCCAACGUCACCUCCAAGAUCCUCUCCAAGGUCAUCGAGUACUGCAACAAGCACGUCCAGGCCAAGCCCGCCGACGCCGCCGACGCCGGGGCCGCCGCGCCCGACGCGGCGGCGCCCCCCGCCGAGGACCUCAAGAACUGGGACGCCGAGUUCGUCAAGGUCGACCAGGCCACCCUCUUCGACCUCAUCCUGGCCGCAAACUUCCUUAACAUCAAGGGGCUGCUGGACCUGACCUGCCAGACUGUUGCAGACAUGAUCAAGGGCAAGACCCCGGAGGAGAUCCGCAAGACCUUCAACAUCAAGAACGACUUCACGCCCGAGGAGGAGGAGGAGAUCCGCAGGGAGAACCAGUGGGCCUUUGAGUAGAGGCGGUUGAGUAGAGGAGCAUGUAGGUGAUGCUGUCCGUGCUGGAUGAACAAUGCUUAGUAUUCGUCAUGUCUGCGUUUUAGCGCCCUUUGUUAUGUCAUGAUAAUGGUUUCAUCGAACAGCCCGAGGUAUCGCUCGUGUGAAACCCUGACCCUGUCGUCUGUCGUUGUUUGCUGUGGCGUGAGUGUGUAGACUUGUGGCACCGCUGUCGAUGAAGAGGCCCUUCUGCCUCCUCUUGCUCU